GGUUGACAAAGACAAAAUAUAUUCAACACAGCAACAAUGUACAAGCUGGUAUUCUGCUGUCUCAUCAUCAUCAGCUUCUCCUGUCCUCUCUUUUCUCUCCCCACCAUCAACACCAGUGAGAUGUCUCAUCAACUCUCAGCUGAUGAAGAUUCAAGAUUAAACCUGGAGCGGCUGGGCAGCACUUCUCUGCUUCAGUUUCUGCAGGAUCUCUUGAGUACACUGACUGAAGACAAUAAAGCAGAUCUUAGCUCCAACAGCUAUAACCCAAGGGAAAAUAUAAAAGAGAUUUUCUAUGGAAAUCACCCACGAAUUGCUUUGCUGGGCCGCCUGUUGACGAAGGACAGGAAACAGUACAAGAAACGUGGGAACCUUUCUGAAUGCUUCUGGAAAUACUGUGUGUAAAGAGGAAAACAAACUCUCUGAGUUUGGCUACAUAAUUUAUACACGUCUGAAAACAUGUAUAUAGAUUUGCUUGAUUUAAAAUGAGAAUGAAGGAAAUUGAAGACAGCUUCUAACUUUAAACUCUACGC